AUGGCAUUGAUCAGCUCUCAACCGAUCCAAUCCCGAAAGCAAAAGCAGCCCAUUUCUGCGGAGACAAGCCAUUCUUCAGAUCCUCUCAUGGCAGACACUGAUAAUCCUCCUAGUGGCGGAAAAAAUACACCUCCCAAGGACUUCGUGUGUCCCAUAACAAGUAAUAUAUUUGAUGAUCCAGUGACUCUCGAAACAGGUCAGACUUACGAGCGUAAAGCAAUCCAAGAAUGGCUUGAUAGGGGAAACUCCACAUGCCCCAUUACACGCCAAAAGCUGCAUAGUGCUAAACUACCUAAAACAAAUUACGUACUUAAACGUCUGAUUGCAAGUUGGCAAGAACAGAACCCAAGCGUAGUUUCAAUCCAAGCUGAAAAAUCACACCCAGAAAGUGAACCAGUCUUCAACCCAGUGAUGCAUUCGACUUCCCCGAACAGUGUUAUAAGCCAAGCCACCAUUGACGGCACAAUUAGCGAACUGCGACUUGCAAUUACCAACCUUUGUACGUCAGAAAUUUUGGAGGAGUCUGAAAUGGCAGUUCUUCGAAUUGAGCUGUUCUGGCAGGAAGCCAAUAUGGAAGUGGAGAUUCAAAACAUGCUCUCAAAACCUCCAGUUAUCAAUGGUUUUGUAGAGAUCCUUUUCAACUCAGUUGAUACCAGAGUCUUGAGGGCAACAGUGUGUCUUCUGGCUGACCUUGGUUCAAGAGACAGUGGUGUCAUCCAGACGCUAACCAGGGUUGAGUCUGAUGUGGAAUGUGUUGUUGCUCUUUUCAAGAAAGGUUUGGUGGAGGCUGUUGUAUUGAUUAACCUGUUAAGGCCUUCCACCAUGAGCCUUGUCGAAAUGGACAUGGUGGAUUCCCUCUUGACAGUUUUUAGAAAGAGAGAAGACGACUUCCUUAAAAUGUGUAUGAAGCCAAAAUCAGCUGCCAUUCUUUUAUUGGGACAGAUUCUUGCAAAUUCCGAGGAAACUAGUAUAUCAGAAAUUGCUAGGAGAGUUAUUUCAGGGAAGGUAAUAGAAUGUAUUGUGGGUAGCUUGGAAGCUGAGUGGGCAGAGGAAAGGAUUGUGGCUGUUGGUAUUUUAUUGAGAUGCAUGCAGAAGGAUGGCAAGUGUAGGAACAUCAUUGCUGAUAAGGCUGAAUUGGCUCCUGUUUUGGAGAGCUUCAUGGGAGCGAAUGAUGGAGAGCGGUUCGAGAUAGUUCAGUUUCUCUCCGAACUAGUUAAACUGAACAGAAGGACAUUUAAUGAGCAGGUCUUGCACAUUAUAAAAGAUGAAGGUACUUUUAGUACAAUGCACAGCCUCUUGGUAUAUCUAGAGACAGCUCUCCAGGAUCAAUGUCCUAUUGUGGCUGGUCUCCUCCUCCAACUUGACCUUCUGGCGGAGCCAAGAAAGAUGAGCAUAUAUCGAGAAGAGGCAAUUGAUAGUCUUAUUUCAUGUCUUAGAAAUUCAGACUCACCAGCAGCUCAAAUAGCAGCUGCCGAGACUAUUUUGGCCCUCCAAGGGAGAUUUACUUAUUCUGGAAAGCCCCUUGCUCGCACUUUUCUUCUUAAACGUGCAGGACUUGGCAAACAUUAUAAAUCUCUGAUGCGAAAGGAGCAACUCAGCAAUGCAUCUGGUGAAAUUCAAGGAACAUUGGAAGAAGAGAAAGCAGCUGAAGAGUGGGAGACAAAAGUGGCAUUUGCCUUAGUUAGUCAUGAAUUUGGUCUGUUGUUUGAAGCUUUAGCAGAAGGGUUAAAGAGUAGAUAUGCAGAAUUAUGUUCAGCAUGCUUUUUGUCAGCCACAUGGCUUGUACAAAUGCUCACUAUUCUUCCCGACACGGGGAUACAAGGAGCGGCUCGAGUCUGCUUGCUCAAGCACUUUGUAUCAAUAUUUAAGUCUUCGAAGGACACUGAAGACAGAGUCCUUUCCAUGCUUGCUCUGAGCAGCUUCAUCCGUGACCCAGAAGGGAUGCGUGACCUAACUCCCCACAUGAAGGAUAUCUUUAAAGGUCUGAGAGAGCUUAAGAAAUCAUCUACCUUGGCAUUUGAGAUGCUGAAACUUUUCUCUGAAGGGCAUGACUCCAGCGCCGACCUUUGGAAUCAUAAAGAAUUGGUCCAAGAAGAUAGUUCUUUAAAUGGAGAAGUGUUAUCCAUAGUUUGCUUCAAAAACAAAAUUUUUUCUGGCCAUUCAGAUGGAACCAUAAAGGUCUGGACUGGUAAAGGUAGCAGUCUGCAUCUCAUCCAAGAAACUCGAGAACAUACCAAGGCAGUCACUAGCCUGGCAAUUCUACAGUCAGGGGACAAAGUGUACAGUGGUUCACUCGAUAGGACAGUGAGGGUGUGGUCAAUUGGCAACGAAGUCAUGUGUUGUGAACAAGUUCAUGACAUGAAGGAUCAGGUUAACUAUCUUGUAGUUGCAAACAGCAUUUCAUGCUUCAUUCCUCAGGGGGCUGGCAUUAAGGUGAAUUCUUGGAAUGGUGCAUCCAAAUUGCUGAAUCAAAACAAAUAUGCAAAGUGCUUGACUAUUGUGAAUGGGAAACUAUACUGUGGAUGCCAUGAUAGUAGUAUUCAGGAAAUUGAUUUGGCCACAGGAACACUAAGUAAUAUUCAAACUGGCUCAAGAAAAUUCUUAGUUAAAGCAAAUCCUGUUUAUGCACUGCAAGUUCAUGAUGGACUGAUAUAUUCAGCCAGCUCUCCCUUGGAUGGAGCUGCCGUGAAGAUAUGGAGUGCAUCAAAUUUCAGAAUGGUUGGAUCGCUGCCAUCAGCAAUGGAUGUACGGGCUAUGGCCAUAAGCUCAGACCUCAUUUAUUUGGGGUGCAAAGGGGGGAUUGUGGAGGUAUGGUGUAGAAAGAAGCACAUUAGAGUAGAAACACUACAAACUAGUACCAUCAGUAAAGUUAUUUGCAUGUCUCUCGAUAGCGAUGAAAAUGCUUUGGUGAUCGGAACCUCUGAUGGACGAAUUCAGGCAUGGCAACUGAGCUGA